AAGCUGUUAUGAUUAAAUAAGAUUAAUACCGUGCGAAGUCGCACGGGUGGCCAGUGUAAAAGCACUGGUCGCUAUUGAUUGGCUCACCCUCGGGCUCGAGCUGCAUCGCCCUCCAGCGAUGCGCGCGUGCGUGGGAGUCAAUCUGUGGCACGAGAGUGACUCACCGAGUGCCUUUAAACUCAGUGAUGGCUCCGUCUCGUCCCGCGCGCACUGGACCUAUCGUUUUUUAUUAGGGGCCGCGCGCCACUAAGGAACUCAUUUUACGCACGAGUGCCUCCAGAGCGUCCCGACUUUGGACAGUAACUCCUGUUGCGCAAUGGACAUCUCCAACCAGACCAGAACGCUGGGUUUCACAGAUCUGAUCGUGACGCACGCUCAGGGGCGCACUGUGGCCCGAAAAGCAGGGUCCAGGGUGCCUUUCAGCGCGGUGUUUGUGGAGCGGAUCUUUGGGAGCGGCGCGGAGGUAAAUCUGAUGGCUGUGCUGCCAACUCUCGUUCCUCCGGGGAUCCCUGCCUUCUGGGAUUCUCCGCUGAGCCACGGUAUCAAUGUGUUUGUGGGGCUGGUGCUGUGCUUCACAAUGUUGGGACUGGGAUGCACGGUGGACGUGGCUCAGCUCGGGGAGCACGUGCGUAAACCUAUUGGGGUACUUUUGGCGCUCGUGUGCCAGUUUGUCAUUAUGCCGCUCGUGGCCUUUCUACUAGCACUUGCCUUUUCUCUGGACGAUGUGGCGGCGAUGGCCGUGCUGCUGUGCGGCUGCUGCCCUGGGGGCAACUUGUCCAACAUCAUGUCACUGCUUGCACACGGCGAGAUGAACCUCAGCAUCAUCAUGACCAUCUCGUCCACACUGCUGGCGCUCGUGCUGAUGCCACUGUGUCUGUGGAUCUACAGCCGCGCAUGGAUCAACACCCCGGUGGUGGACCUCAUGCCUUUCGGGGCCAUCAUCCUGACGCUGUGCAGCACCCUCAUCCCCAUAGGGCUGGGUGUUAUGCUGAGAUACCGGCACACGCGCGUGGCAGAUAUGGUGCUCAAGGCCUCUCUGUGGUCCCUGUUGGUCACCCUGAUCCUGCUCUUCAUUCUCACUGGAGCCAUGCUGGGCCCGGAGCUCCUCUCCACCAUCCCUGUCUCCGUGUACGUGGUAGCAAUCCUGAUGCCCGCGUGCGGGUAUGCGGCAGGUUACGGCCUCGCGGUGCUGUUCAACUUGCCGCCCAGCAGCCGCCGCGCGGUGUCUCUGGAGACUGGCUGCCAGAACGUGCAGCUGUGCACCGCGAUCUUGAAACUUGCCUUCCCACCGCAGCUCAUGGGAGGUAUGUACAUGUUCCCGCUGCUCUACGCGCUGUUCCAGGCUGCUGAGGCAGGGGUCUUUAUACUGGGCUACAGGUUUUACAGGAAAGAGGUCCUGCACAAACCAGAGCCCAUGAAGGACAGUGAGGACACGGACAUUACCUACCAGAGGUUUACCGACGAGGACUUCGACUCCUCCUACGGGGCAGUCACAGUGAGCGAUCCCAACACUAUCAGCCUGGACCCGUGCCCCCCGGACCCCACCCCAGUGUGAGCUGCUCCUUUACAAAGCAUAAGGAGGCCUACAUUAAAUGACUAUACAUUAUUCGGAGAAAUCUAGUAGUUUUCUGGAUGUUAACACAUCUGCACUUUGCAUGCUCGUAAAGGUGCUUCAUUGGCUGUUUCACUUUACUGUAAAGUUUUGCUGUGUAUCUGUUGGCACAGUGAAGGUCCCACUUUGUAGCCCCAUUAGCCCUGACAAGGGAUAGUUUGCUCCAUAUCUCUCUACCUCUUUCUCUGUUUUGAAACAGGGGCCUCUUGUUCAUUCAUAAUGCUGUUAACGUAAUUGAUCUGAGCCUAAAUCUCUAUGCCGUGUUGCAAACACAAUGUGUCAAAGGUCUUUUCAUUAAUAUUCGACACAUAUGGACCAAAUGCAGCUUUUCAUCUCAUGUGUAUCUCUAAUAUCAGGAUUUUCAACCAAGCAGUGCCAACUCAUCAUGUGCUAACAGAGUAUAAUGUACAAAUGUAUAAAGCAAAUAUAUGUAUGUAAUAAAUAUAUAUGGAAC